UCAGUUGCUCUUACUUUCCAAAAUCGGAGCAUGUCGGCAUCGAGACAAGUGCUCGCACUCAUAAUAUUCCAACAUUUUCUCAAUAAGUGUUUUUGAAGAAUCUCCAUCAUACCUGUUAUCGAUAUGCGCCAAGCUGAUGCUUGCACAAAAGUCAGGCAUUAUGAACAAGGAUGAACAACAAUAUUUUGAUGAGAUUUUCGAGGAGAUUUUUCACCGAGAAUUAAUACGGGAAGUUGCGAGAUGGAGGGAGGCGAAUGCAGAAAGUGUAGAGGACCUAGACAGAUGGUUCCACGGUGCGAUAUAUGCAGAACUUUCUCCAGUAACAGGAUUUCGUGAAUUAUGCUGUCGUCAGUAUGAACUUGGAGGUUGUAAUAAGAAAGGAUUGAAGAAUGUCUUUGACGAAGCAAUCAUGGCUGCCUUGGAGCCUCCACCGAUGGAAAAGAAGAAGAAAUGCACACUACUGUGAGAGUACAGCGAACCCGAAAGAGCGAGGCAGUUAUUAUAUAAUCUGCGUCAAUAAUGUGCUUGCUUCCGCGUGAUUUGUCUUCGCCAUUGUCGAUCCACACACAACUCAUUCACUCAUACACUAUAUACCUUGCGAAUAGCUCGAACUGGGCCCUAUAACUCCUCUAAAUUGCGUGUACACUCUGGCGCGUCUCCGAUUGAUUAAUACGAUCAGAAUAAUCGUCGUACUAGGCACAAAGUUGCUUAGCUCGGAAAGAUCAUAUUGUAUGUCCAUCUAUUAAUGUGUUUGACUGCCUUUGAUUAUGAACGGUUUUUAAAGAGAGCCUGUUUGUCAACGGUUGUCUUGAACGUACGAAAACUCUUUACUGCAAGUUUAACAAUUUUGUCAAAGCACUGUUAUACUAUAAAUAUUGAC